AUGUCCAUGUCAUCGGAGAUGAAACACUCACCUGUCGAACAAUUCGAAGAGGAGGUGGAAGGAAACGUGUAUACUUAUCGCGAGAAAGCGCAAAAUACGGUCAAUUCUGUCUACACUAAGUUGACAACCAGACACGGCUGGUUUGGAGAUUACGAUUAUGUAUACCUCUUUACACCAGAUAUUUGGCCCCUGAACAAGAAAUUCCGAGACUAUGAACAACCAUAUUUCGGAAUUAACGAUGACGUUCCAAUCUUAUUGACUCUACUUUUGGGAGUACAGCACUGUUUAACGCUAAUCUGCAGUCUGGUUGCUGUUCCACUGCUCAUGGGUGAUGCACUUUAUUUGGACUUAGCCCAAACUCAGCACCUCGUUUCGUGUACGUUGAUUACUGCUGGAAUAGCCACAUUCGCGCAGAUUACGCGUUUCAGUAUCUACAAGACACCUUACUUUGUUGGGACUGGUUUGCUGUCGGUGGUGGGGCCAACUUUCGAUAUAAUCGGAAUUGCUUACUCUUACUCGGACUCUCAGUAUGCUAAUGGCUCUUGCAAAAUUGCUGAAGACGGUACGUAUCUCCCAUGUCCAGAAGCACUUGGUGCAUUCUUGGGAUCGAUGCUCUGUACUGUAUGGAUUCAAGUUCUCAUUGCGUUCGUUCCUCCUCGCAUUCUUAAAAGGGUGUUUCCAAACAUGGUCACGGGAACUCUGCUUCUGUUGCUAGCAGUAUAUCUCACUGGUAGCGGUAUGAAGAAUUGGGGUGGUGGAAGCAGCUGCUACAGUUAUGGUACCAACUGUGAUGUUGGAUCCCACCCUGAGCUGUGGGGAGCUCGCGCUUAUAUUGGGCUCGGUUUCAGUACUUUUGUGGCUAUCGUUAUCAUCAGCCAGUUCGGUUCCCCGAUAAUGAAAAGUGCGUCUGUGGUGCUGGGUCUGCUUGUAGGCUGUAUUAUCUCUGCAGCAUGCAAUUACUGGGACGGCAGUGGUAUCAACUCUGCUCCUGCAGGUGAUUUUUUAUGGACCAAAAACUACACUUACUCGGUUGAUGGGUCCCUUAUUUUGUCGCUCUUAAUCAUGUUUGUCGUUGAGGGAAUCAGUUGUAUUCCUGAUAUUGUGUCGACUGCAGAGGCAAGUCACCAGCCGAUUGAAGGUGAAGAGUUCCAAUCAAGAAUUCAAGGUGGAAUUAUGUGUGAUGCACUUGGAAGUGUACUUGCAUCAGUCGGGGGAGGACUUCCUAUGGUUUCUCAAGCUGCCAACAACGGUGUCAUCUUAUUAACGGGCUGUGCCUCAAGAAGAGCCGGGUGGACAGCUGCUGUUCUUUUGGUGCUGAUGGGAAUAUUCUCCAAGAUAGCGGCUACUUUCGCAGCUCUUCCCAAACCUGUGUUUGGUGGUAUGCAGGUCUUUUUGUUUGGUACCAUAGGAGUGGCAGGUAUAAAAGUACUAGCCGCAGUUCCAUGGACGCGCAGAAACAGAUUUAUUCUUUCGUCUGGACUGGGAUGGGGAUUUGCGGGUACGGUAAUUCCCUCCUGGUUCGAUUCCGUUAUCGCUUACACUGGCUCCAACCAAGCCCUUGCCAGUUUUCUCGAGGGUAUUGAGUUGAUUGUUGAGACACCGUUCAUCUUUGGCGCACUGAUUGUGUGCUUUUUGAAUCUCGUUAUCCCGGGCCACGGCGAGGCGAGUCAAAAAGCUGAGGAGCCGGAAGAUAGUGUUGUAUAA